AUGGAUGCUGGCAAGAUGGAUGAGCUUGAGAAGGAGGCCCAGAGAGUCAUGGAGAUUCAUGGAAUCGGUGCCAGCAAAGCUCCGGUGCAACCUGCCGCGGCUGAGCUCUUCGAAGCCUUCAAAUGCCGGAAAGAAACGACGAGUGUGGGACUGGGCGUGGAGAACCACUUCUAUUCUGGGUUUCAACAUUCUCAAGUUGACUGGUCAAGGCCAGUUCAUGGAAUUCUGGUGGAUUUCAAGGGGGACAGCAUGCAGAUUGGGAUGCUUUUGGAGCGCCUGGAAUUGUGCCAAGAACAGUAUAUUUUCAUAGGAGCUCCACCGCCUUUCAAUGGUGGGUGGCACUUUACUGCAUUGAAUGAUUUUGAGCACGUCGCAGAGCAGAAAGGACUCGACCCAGGUUGGGAAGGGUUUCGUAUAUGGCAUCGAGUGAACUACGUUCCGUCUUCAACUGAGGAAGGCAUGCCGGCAUUAGUCCCGAGGGAACAGUUUGAUCCCAAAAGCAAGCAUGCUGGCUCAAUUCCGAUUGGAGAUAAGUUCAAGCUGGCCACAAUCUUUUUGACAGGUGGCCUGAUGCCACACACUCUGAACGCAACACUAAUGGCAGACAACGGUGAUGCUGCGCAAGUUGUCAAGAAGCAUGUUGAGCUUGGCACGCGAUUUGCGACCAUUGGCCAUGGAUUGGAUGUGAUUCUGGCGAUAGGAGAGGAGAGGUCGAUCUUUUCUGGAUUUCAGGCUGCUGUCUUUCCAAAACAAGAGCAUCUCUUGGCCAUCAACGGUUUGGUGCCCCCAGCAGAUGGAGCAAAAGUGUGCAGCUUUGCUUCGAAAGGGGUGGAAUUGGUGUCGGCCAGCUACUGGGGGAAGGACACAGCGGAGCCGUUCUUCGCCGCUGUCGGCUUAGCAGCCGGAAUGGACAGCAGCUUCUCCAGCUCUGGACGAGUCCAGAGAUUGGGCAGUUCCGAGACGGCCUUCUGUUUCGAUGCAUCGAAGCUGGACGGCAUGUCCGGGAGCCUCCUCGGCGGAGAUGCUUCGGCCCCGCGGGUCGCUUUUCUGGUGGACGACGUGGCAGAUCCCAUCGAGGCCUACACCAUCGUCGACCACCUGGUCAACGUGAAGUUCAACGUUCACCUCAUCAGCCGCAGUGCCACUGAAACAGGGGCCAGCAUUAGACAAGUUCAAUCAGAAACCGUAUGGGGUAAUGCCAUGUAUGCACUGAAAGACUGCUGCUGCCUGCUGCCGACUACGCCAGCCAAUCUGGUGGACAAAUCAAUACAGUUUGAUGGAGUUUUUGUAGCAGGUGGCCAAUGUCCAUACUACAUGAUGCAAGAUCCUGCAGUGACGGCAAUCCUGGACUCCGCGCUCUUUGCAGCCGCAGUCUGCCAUGGGCCUGAAGCAUUGAUUGGUUCGAAGUGGCUUCAUCCACCCGAUGGAAAGGUCGGACCUUUCAUCUCAUACUAUGGAGCAUGGAUGAGCUUUCGCGAUGUUCACGGCUAUGAGCGCAGAAAGCCCGGAGAGAUUUGCGAAGAUGCAUCUUCCCGGCUCUUUACCGGAAAUGCACCCAACUCUACGAAGGCUCUGGUUAUUCGAGCGUGCGAAGCUAUCUCCGCAUCCAAAGCAUGA